AUGAGGUGGCCUACAGUUCUUCUCGGCCUCCUCGCCGUUGCCCUGGCCCAGGACUCAUCAACCGAAUCCUCCGAAUCCGGGACGACCACCGAUAGCACAGUUGUGUCCGUCACAACUCCCGUGGCCAUUCCUUCAGGUACCUACCAAGAAUUCAGCACAACAAUCACACUGAGUGACGGCGAUGAGUCGGUCAUUGCAUCGACCACUCGUUACAAUGGCACAAUGACUGCCUCCAACCAGACCGCAGUCACCACGACUUCCGACUCGUUGACUUUGCUGGUGGGCGGUGGAGGCGGAGGAACGACAGUGAUCGGGAACAAUAGCAUGAACGCGACUGCGACCACGACUGGCACAGCUACGAACACACCUGUCGUCAACACCAGGCCCUGUAACAAUUACCCCGAGUUCUGUACUAGGAAGUACUCCAACAUUACCAUGGUCGCAGCGCACAACAGCCCGUUCGUGCGCAAGAACAGCGUCGCCGCCAACCAGGCGCUGGAUGUGACGACACAACUCAAUGACGGAGUUCGCACUCUGCAAUUCCAAACUCAUUAUGUCAAUGGCACUAUGUAUCUGUGCCACACAACCUGCCAAUUGCUCGACGCCGGCACCCUCGAAGAAUACCUGACCGACGUCAACAAGUGGAUGCGGAAGAACCCAUACGACGUGGUGACCUUCAUCAUCGGCAACUUCGAUUAUGUCUCGCCUGAGAACUUCACCACCCCCAUCUACAACUCCGGCCUGAAGGACCUGAUCUACACCCCCACCAAGGUCCCAAUGGCCCUGAACGACUGGCCCACACUCUCAGAGAUGAUCCUGAGGCAGAAGCGCGCAGUCUUCUUCAUGGACUACCAAGCCAAUCAGACCGCGCACCCAUGGCUGAUGGAUCAAUUCUCGCAGGUGUGGGAGACGCCCUUCUCGCCCACCAACCCUGCCUUCCCCUGCACACAGCAACGCCCACCCGGUCUGUCCGAGGCAGACGCCAAGGACCGCAUGUACAUGGCCAAUCACAAUCUGAACCUGCAGUUGAACCUCGGGUCUCUGAGCAUGUUGAUCCCCAAUACUGCUCAGCUUGAUGAAACCAAUGCCGUGAAUGGCAGUGGCAGUCUGGGUGAAAUGGCCCAGGAAUGUAACACAACCUGGGGCCGUCCGCCUAACUUCCUUUUGGUGGACUACUAUAAUUACGGCAAUUUCAACGGCUCGGUCUUCGAGGUCGCUGCCCAGAUGAACAAUGUCACUUAUGACCGUAACUGCUGUGGCAAGACGUCUGGUGCUCUGCGCGAGGUUUCUGUCGCCGGCAUGUCGACUGUGCUUCUGGUGGCAGUGGGAGUGCAGAUGGUGAUGUCUGCGUUCUGA